UAAAAGGAUAUAUUAAAUCAUGAUGGAUCCAAUGGCUAUGCCUGUGAGACUUCGGCUAGACGUUGAAUAUUUGAAUGUACCCGAGGACUUUAACCAAGAAUGGUUAAUUGAUACGGUGGAGGUAAACGUUACACUUCUACAUUCAUGGUGGCAAGUACAAGAAGCAAUAUGGACAAUGUCUCCAGAUACCUAUCUUAAACCAAUGUUUACCAAAAUUCAUUUUAAUGGUCAAGAAGUUAACAGUUCUCAAAUCAUUGGAUCAUAUUUUGGAUUUGAAAAUCUGGAUAACCUUAAAGUUGUGGUAGACUUAACAUUAAUAAAUUCUCCAAUUAUCCCAAACAGAUAUCCACCAACUUCAUUGUUUGAUAUUGUUAUCUUAUGGAGAGGACACAAGAUCAAACUAAGGGAAUCUUUGAAAUGUACGGUUCUGCUGCUCAAAGAGUAUUUGUAUUCAAGUGUUCAGAAUAUUGAACGGAAAGAUCUUGUGCGUAUCUCUAUAGAGAAUACAAAAUUUAAAGUGGAGCUUGACCAUGAGAAUGAUGAUAUGAGUCUUUCUCAACUAUUACAAUUGGAUGUAUGCCCAUUAAAUGAGGUGAAUAUCUUAGCUAGCAUGUGUCCGCCAGUGUCACCAUGGAAGUAUUGUGUUUCUAUAUCUUCAUGGAUUCCAGAAUUGCAACAACAUGAAUUUCAUAUGAAUAGAUAUGCUACAGGAAUCGCAUUGAGAGAUCAAAUUCAUACUCUACUUGGAAUGACACGUAUGGCCGACUUCCAUUUUAAAUGGAAGGGAAUUGAAUUCCUCUUGUCAGAUAUGCCACUUUAUGAUGAAAUUGAUAAUUUGACUAAAUUUACAGAAGAUAAAGAAGUUCUCUUUGAAACAAUCAAGCUUGAAUUGCAGAUUGAUAAGGAAAUAUAUGAGGAAUUUCGUUUGGAUCCAGGUGCAAAAUACUUUGUUGAUGUUGAUAAGACUCCUGAAGUUGAAUACUAUCAACCAUUACAAGUUAAAUUUGAGAAUGGUCAAUUUUUUGAUAUUCAUGGUGAAACGUACGAAAGCUUGGUAGAGGAAGAUGGAGGAAAUGUAACUAUGAUAAACCAAGCAGACUUAUCCUCCACAGACUAUGUGUUUGGAAUAAGGAAUAAAGAUAGAGAAGUUUCUGUAACUUUAGGGUCAUCCCAAUGUAUUGUGGUUGACAAUGGACAGCAUGAACCAUAUGUAUUGCUUAAUCCGGCGGGGGCUGCCAAAUUGAAAGCAGGAGUUCAGAAGGCUAAUCUUUCAGGUCUACAAAAAUUACAAGUUCAUUUUAGAGAUGAAGUUGAACUGCUGGCCAGUGACCAAUUUAGAAGUAGACAAGAUGGACAUGGUGUGGUAUCAACAGAACCAGCGAUAGUGGUUGAACGAGCAGGGGUAUCCGAACUGGAACAAGUCCCCGUACCCGCAGCUACCCCUACAGUGCAAGAAGAUCCAAUAGCAGCUCGGGGGCCAGCCAUAAGGAAUGGUGUUAUCCUUCAAGACAACAACGUCCAACCUAGAGUAUUCCGCCGUAUAUUCCAGCUUGCCAAUGAAAACAUGCAAAAUAUACUUAGUGCGGUAAUUAGGUACUCCAUUAUACUCUAUAUGCUCGGACUCCAUACCUUAUUGCUAAACUCGUCUUCACUACUCCUUGUUCUUGGGUUAAUAUGGGGAAGUAUUUAUGUAAUGUUUUUCACUGGUGAUAGAGUUACUAAUUGGCUUGAGGCAAACUUUUUACGGGAAAGACCAGAACAUGCAGUUGGGUUUGAUGCUUCAAUUGUUUCAGUUUUAGUACGCGGACUUCGUUAUACAAAUAGUUUGGUAAGUUUUAUUAAACUCUUUGUAUCAGUAGUACGUUCCGAAUUGGUCACCAUAGCAGUAACAAGACCACAUGAAUACGAGUUUAUUGUUCGUCAUGAUGAUGGUACUGAUAAUCUUUGGUUCUAUAUUUGUGACACUUGGAAUAGCUUUUGGAAAGAUGUUUUGUUGAUGGGGUUAUCAUUUUUCCCUUCAUCUCAAGCACUCAUUCAAGCAAGAACAGAACAAUGGAAGGCUAAUGAAAGUGCCGAUUUAAAAACUACACUUGAUAUAUAUACAGAACAAGUUCUAGCGGUGAUUGAACAGUACCAAACCAAAUAUGGAACGCAUGAGAAAACCCCAGAUGAAUUACUAAAGGGGAUUCUUGGUAGAGUAAAUUUGGGUGAACUUGGUACAGAUAUUGAAAGCUUAGGCUUGGAAGAAUCUAAAGAAGAAUACUACCAAAUUCUGCUUGCACAAUACAGAGAAUUACGAGCAGUACAGAAAGUGUUCCUGCGUGCAAUCCACAAUGGUCAACCGAUUGCUGAAUGAAAUGAACAUUGACCGUGUACCUCUUUAGAUGCAGACAGCAUUACAUAAACAAUCUAUCUGCAGACGAAAGAGGAAAGUAAUCGUCACGAGGGGAGCAAAAAAAAAACGACAAUUUUUAGAUAAGGGAUUCAAAAGAAUGGGUGUAGUAGCUUGCACGUGAGACGGAACUCUCCCAGUCCCGCCUUACUACCCCCCUUUGGUGGAAAAAUUAUUUGAAACAUUCCUUUCAAUUAUUUUUAAUAGCUUUUUUUUUAGAAAAAAAAAAACUUCGGCAUAAGAUUACC